CGGGCUUUCCGAUGGAAUAUACGAUUCUCUGUGCGAAUUGUUCCCUACCACGUCACGCAUCAAGUGUUUUCUGACAAUUGCGGCAACGUCAGUCACCACUCCAUUUCCUAGGAAGAUAUGUCAUUCCUCCGCAUUCCUUAACAAUGUCUAGGGAGCCUUCGCAUUCAGAUUGUGCCAGUUUCCUUUUGUAUGCGUUGGAUCGGAUGCUCAGUUUUUGAAGGUACUUCUUUUUUUACAAUGACGAAAUUGACUUCUAUAUCAGACUAAUGUAUACUUCAUAUUUUUGUUAAAAUUCUGUGAUAUAUUUUAUCAUUUGUUAAAAUACAUUUAUAUUCUUCAAUAGUUUAACAUGUUGACUGCCACGCUUUAUUGAAAUCCAUAAAAAAUGUAUUGUAUCGCCUUAAGUGAGGUUGUGAAAGCAUUUAAAGUUGUUUGAAAGUAAAUGUUCCAUUUAAAGACGUCAACUUUAAUAUAUUAUAGCACAGACUAUGACGUAGUGCAGAAUUAAUAAUAUUACUAGACAUAAGCCAAUAUAAACAUGUUGAAUGUUUGGCAAUCUUGAAAGGGAAAAUCCUGGAACAUUAGUAGUCACUGCGUGUAGACGCCGAUGUGACGCAAACAGGCAGAAACAAUGAUGCGCUAAGUCGUAUUUUCAAUGGAACUCGAGACAGAUUAUUAAUCGGUUGUAUUCAAUGUUAAUAGGUCGUUAUCGAUAUGGCAGUGCCUGCGUGCUAUGUUAUUAAUAAGUACGAGCAUUGAAACGAGUUUGACAUUUUCAAGAGGUGCAGGACAACGCUUGGUUAUAGAUCCAUAGUAUGACAUAAUAAGUCGGGACAGUUGGGACAGUUCGGAGUCGGAAUUCUCAGAUACUGAGAAUUCAAAUGAGCUAGGGGCCACCGAGGACCCCGAAAUCCUCGCAAUGGACACGGUGGACAGUGGUAGUAGACGCCAAGCCACGAGGGUCUUCAAGAAGUCGAGUCCCAAUGGAAAGAUCACUGUCUAUCUCGGGAAGCGGGAUUUCGUGGAUCACAUUACUCACGUAGAUCUGAUCGAUGGCGUUGUGUUGAUCGAUCCGGACUACGUGAAGGAUCGCAAGGUAUUCGGCCAUGUCCUGGCUGCGUUUCGUUACGGCCGGGAAGACUUGGAUGUCUUGGGUCUCACCUUCAGGAAGGACCUUUACCUGGCAGCUGAACAAAUCUACCCUGUCGUUCCUGGAACGGAGCCUCCUAGGACGUUGACGCGGCUGCAAGAAAGGCUGGUGAAGAAGUUGGGAUGCAAUGCCUACCCCUUUUACUUCGAGUUACCUCCGCAUUGCCCUGCGUCGGUAACGUUGCAACCUGCACCUGGCGACACCGGUAAACCGUGUGGCGUCGACUACGAAUUAAAGGCUUUCGUGGGCGAGACACAAGAUGAUAAACCACACAAACGAAAUUCGGUGAAAUUGGCCAUUAGGAAAAUCAUGUACGCCCCAUCGAGACAAGGCGAACAACCCUCGACCGAGGUCAGCAAAGAGUUCGUCAUGUCGCCGAACAAGCUGCACUUAGAGGCCUCGCUGGACAAGGAACUCUAUCACCACGGAGAGAAUAUUGCGGUGAACGUGCACAUAGCUAACAACAGUAACAGGACUGUUAAAAAAAUAAAAGUGUCUGUGCGCCAAUUCGCAGAUAUCUGCCUAUUCUCCACGGCGCAGUACAAAUGCACCGUCGCCGAAACGGAAAGCGAGGAGGGAUGCCCGGUGGGGCCAGGUUUCACCCUGAGCAAAGUGUUUUGGCUGACGCCGCUGCUUGCCAACAACAAAGACAAAUGGGGGCUGGCCCUCGACGGCCAACUCAAACACGAGGACACCAAUCUGGCGUCCAGCACCCUUGUCGCGGAUUCGUCGCAGCGCGAGAACUUAGGGAUUAUCGUCCAAUACAAAGUUAAGGUGAAACUAUGUCUAGGACCUUUUGGAGGUGAGCUCGCCGCGGAGUUACCAUUCAUCUUGAUGCACCCUAAACCGGAGGAAGAGAUGCCAACGUCUUCUGCCGUUCGACAAAGCCCGACGCAUCCAUCUAACGAUGGCGAUGUGUCGCUUAGCACGAAUUUGAUCCAACUAGACACGGAAAUCGACACGGGCGACGACGAUAUCAUUUUCGAGGACUUCGCUCGUUUGAGGCUCAAAGGAGAGACGGAAGCCUAAACGCGCCGUAUCAAGGACCGCCCAAGGUGUACAAACAAACGUCCAAAGUUUCGAGACACUUUAUUAGCUAAUACCCCAUUCCAUGUUCCCCUCUCGUUAUGGAUCGUUCGUAACGGUGUGUGAAGGCCACGUGAUAAAUUAUUCAACCGCAGUUGUUCUGGCGGUCGGUAAUGUAUAAUUACGCGGACCGUCGAUACUUGGCCCUAAAAACAUUCGUACGGAUUAAGAAAUCCCGCCUUCGAUCGGAUGUAUAUGUGCAACUAUAGACAGUUAAGGGCUUUUCUUGUAGAUCCAGAUAGUAUAUAGAUGCAGAACUUUCCGUAAUUCUUUCUUCGUAGGAAAUUAAGGCGAUGUGAGAGUGCCAUCCGAGAGGUCAAUCGUUCGUGGAUCUUUUCUCCGGACUGGAUGUACCGAGUCGUAUGAAACUUUACAAUGUA